AUGGCUCAGUACACGUCUCCUACCCUCAGUACUUCUAUGACCAAUCUUAGAACAGCUAACAUUCUGGACGGCUUUGCGGAGCUGGGCCUGCCCAUCAUUGGUGAUGUGAACAAUGGGACAGCCGCAGGGGCCAUGAUACUCCCCUCGAGCAUGUACCCUGAUAACCAGACCAGAUUUGAUGCCAGAGAAGCUCACUUUAACUCGGUAUCUUCGAGGUACAAUCUUCAUAUUGCAACCAACCAGACUGUCACACAACUUGUUUUGGAUAGUGACAGUGCAUACAGCUUGAGUCAGAGAGUCAUGGGAGUCGAGUUUGCUUUAGAUGACAAGUCUAAGGUAUCGGGGAUUGGGCCAUCGGAUGUUCUCAAGUCGCUCGACAUUCCUGUCAAGAUUGACCUUCCUGGCGUUGGGUGUGAUCUUCAGGACCAUCCCAUGGUUUAUGCCAACUACUACUACCGCAAUGAAUCAUAUUUCACGAGUGGUGAGAUAACUGACGAUGUGUAUGAUGAAGUUGCCGAGGAGUACAUACGGAACAGAACAGCUGCUCAAAAGACCUUCUCCCGUGGCACUGUCCGUCCCUCGUCAUCCUCAAUCUUCGAUCUGCCAAAGCUGGACCCGCGAUACUGCUCCGACCCCAUCGAUUGCGAGAUUAUCGUUCUUGGUCUCCAAAUGAAUGCAAAGCUGAUCCAAACCGACGCAAUGAAGGAACUCAUGCCUGAAGCGGAAUCGGCGUUUGAUGCUACAGAUCAUGAGACGCUGAUGAAGCAUGUCAUGGAAAAGAUUACGACAGAGAGACAUCCUUCAGGGACAGCUGCCAUGAUGCCUCUUGAGUUGGGAGGAGUUGUUGACCCCGAGCUCAAGGUGUGUGGCACAUGUAACUUGCGUAUUGCUGAUGCCAGCAUCAUGCCCCUGAUUCCAUCAGCCAACCUACAAGCUAGUGUCUAUACCAUUGCUGAGAAGGUAGGAUUCCAAUAG